AUGUCUGAUCCUGUUUCCUCUGAGUCGCAAAAUCUUCUUCCCCCUCCACCAGCUCCUCCAUUACCGCCAGGCCGUCUGAGCCAAUUGCAGCGAAUCAUUCCAACCUGGGGCAAGCAUACUGGUUCUAAGUCGCAUGGGGGCACAGCGCAGGGCGACCGUGACGGUGGUCUGCGUCGAAUCACCGGCAUACACACGUACAGCUCGCAUUCCUCCCGGACGGCCACCCAUCGAACGGGUAUCCCCAUUGCCGCUCUCGAUAUCAACAGGCAGAAGACUCAUGCCGUCUUGGCUGGGAAAGAGAUCCUGAAAACAGUGCGUGUCCACGAUGGCAAGGUUAUAGAAGACCUGAACAUUCGGGCAUCUAUCAGCUCAUACGCUUCCGCCCACUCUUCUUCGCAGUUGGACAGCGCUGAGAAGCGGAGGGAAUACCUUCCGGCAAGAGACGUCAAAUGGUCGAUAGGUCAUUGGGACCACAUUAUCGCGACGGCAGCUACGAAUGGUCGCAUUGCACUGUACGACCUCAAUGCGCCAAGCGCAAAGACCGAGUUGGCAUGGCUCCACGAGCAUACAGGGCAGAUCAACAAGCUAGACUUUGAUCCCCAUGCUGGCUAUCUGUUGCUGUCCGCCAGCCAAGACAAGUCGGUCCGACUGUGGGACUUGCGACAACCUCAGCGUGACAAGUCUCGCAUCAGGUUCGAGGUGCGCAGUGGAGUCCGAGACGUCCGGUGGUCUCCAGUAGACCCUUUAGAUUUCGCCGUCUGCGCGGACGGCGGCGUUGUUCAGAAAUGGGACGCUCGCAACCCGGUCGCGCCCAAGCUGAGUAUUAACGCACAUGAGAAAGCCUGUUAUUCUCUAGACUACCACCCUGAUGGGCGUCAUGUUGUGUCAGGUGGGUUCGAUAAGUACAUCAGAGUUUGGGAUUUUGCAAGCGACAGAAAACGCCAGAAGCCUGUCUUUCAGCUCAAAGCGCCUCACGCUAUUAGAAACAUCAGGUGGAGGCCGGCUUGCAAUGUACCGGAAUCCGGAGAGUCGACCUUUUGGCAAAGCACUCAGGUCGCCGUCUCAUACUAUCAUGACGAUCCUCGAUUGCACAUCUGGGACCUCCGGCGGCCGCUUCUACCGUUUCGAGAACUCGAUAGGUACAGCAUGCCUCCUAACGAUCUCUUGUGGGCGGACAAGGAUUUGCUCUGGACGGUUGGUGAUGAGGGCAUCUUCACCCAGUGGGACAUCAAGCACACGGUACCCUUCUACAACCAGAUCGCUCCGUGUACCUCGACAUUCCUCCCCAAUGGAGAAUACUAUACAUUUUCCGAGGAGAGAGAUGUCCAGCGAAUGUCCUUUCUGGAAAAUGCAGCGGCGGGCUUCUUGAAUGUACCGCCAGAUAAACUCAGCAGCGGUGACGACGGUGCAGCGAGCCGAAGUCUUACAGAUGAUGAAGGAGGACUCGAAUCCACGGUGGGGACAAGUUUCCGUCGACGGGAGGGUGUAAACGUGCCCUCGAGGCCUACUAAAUCUCACGCAAACAGUCCAUCGUCAAUGGAGGAUAGACCGCCAGUCCUCCCAUUAGAUGCCUCCGUCCUCAACCGUCAAGAUCUCUUUAACAACAACCAGGUGGGUGCGAAUGGCUUCAUUCCAGGUGUGGCAGCAGAGCCACAGGUAAUUGAAUACUUGGCUUCACACUACGCAAUUCCUGCGACAGCCGAUGACAACAAGUCGUCUCCAGACACAAUUCUCAGCCGUUUGCAGAACGCUUUCCACCAGAACGCGGCUGCGUGCGAUGCGGUGUCCAUGCAUCGUAUGGCUCAGUCUUGGCGGAUUCUAGGAGCGGUGAUUGUCCCAGAACUCAAGGAUUGGGCAGACGCGAACCGUGCCAGUCGUCGAGCCGACGCCGCGAGGCGACGUGAGAAUCUAGAGAGCUUUCGAGCAGGAGGCCACCGGCCUGGUCUUUCUCCAUUACCUGGACUUCCAAACCGAGGCUUCAACCCGAAAUCGGAUAUCAAAGGUCAGAAACUCAUGAGCAGCCUGUUCAAGGGUGUCGCUGCAGGAGACCGCCCGCAACUGGUCUCUGAGAUGGAUAGCACGUCGAACAUGACGACGCCUUUAGCCAAACCACUCCCGAAUUCACCUCCGCCGAGUGUAAAGAGACAACCUCUAGCAAUCACUGAGGAAGGGCUAGAUCAUAUUGCACCUUUACCUCCCUCGGUCCUGAGCUCACACUCAACGGCAGCCGCAGCCGCUCGAGCUUUGAUCGGUUUUUCUGGCCAAGCCACGGGUUCAGACACUUUUUCUUCUGAGUUGCACAGACCUGCUGAAGUAUCGAAGAAACUCUCACCACAGACUGGCUCGCCGGUUUCACCAAUGAAGAGACCACGACCCGAGCUCUUAGUGGAGCAGAAGCAGAUGCAUAGCCAGACCCGGAGCCAAGAAGAUCGCAGGGCAGCAUUACGCGAUUAUCGCAUCCAAGCUCGACCUAUAUUCUCCUUGGCUGACUCGACGCAAAACGUGGCCACCCAAAGCAGGCACGACUCGGAUGAGAGUUUCCCAAUGUUUUCGGUAUCAACGGAUAGUUCGCAUCGGUCCAGGUCACUUGGACAAUCCUUUGACUCCACUCGUCAAGGGGUGAGGGCAUCUGCAACACACUCGGCAAAGGAACCUGUCUCUAGCCUGGAUGAUGAUUAUGAACUGUCGUAUUCGGACGACCGUGACGGCCGAAGGCCCAGUCCCAGACGAGGAAGGACCACCACGCCCGACGAGCAUGAAACUGGUGUCUCUGCUGUCCAGACACCGCUGGAAAUGAGCUUUGGGCUGGAUGGACAAGGGCCGCACUUUGAGUCAUCUCCGAAAGACAAAGGCGCGUGGCUUUCAAUUCCGCAACAUGAGUCUGUUGCCCCCUCGCACUUGGACACGGCUGCGUCCUCGUCGCCCGAUAUCUUUCAUUUUGAGGAGCUAGCCUCGAUGACCAAGCCACGAAUACAUACGUCGAAUCCUAUCCGAGUUGAGGCGACAAAUCAAGGCACUGAUGACGACAGUCGAUCCCAUGGGAAUGGAUCGCUAAGCCGUCUGUCUAUGGAAGAGUUAGACCAUGAGACGUACUUGUACCAAGAUUUUCGGCCCAUCGAUCUAUCCAUAUAUGAGCCAAAACUGCCAUUUGCAUGGUCAUCGCUUCCACUGAUAUGCCAAUGCAUAUCCUUCGACCUGGAGAGCGGGAUCGGUCAGGCGCAGUUUGCGGCGCAUCUUCUGAUGCAUAUUCACCCAUACUUUUUCCAUGCAAGCUUUCGCAGAUUGAGACGAGGAGAAGACGAAUAUGCUGACACCCUAGCCGAGCGAUUGAUGACGCCGCGGCUAGGACACCGGAUCAUCGAGGGGAUCUUCGAGAACCACGUUUCAUUUCUGAGGCAGAUGGGCCUGUUUGAGUCCGCAGCACUGCUGAGAAAAAUGUGUGUCGAGUUUGAAUACCCAAGUGUCUAUCGGUCACCGUCGGACAGUAAGCAGGCUGGUGGCAGUCUUGGCAACGGCGAUCCAGCGACUCUAUCUAUGGUGUGUAGCAACUGCCAAGGACCUAUGAUGGGAGAAAGGGGCACGUGUGAACGGUGUCGGCAAGUUCGAUCAGUUUGCCCGAUCUGCCAGUCGCUCAAAGAUGUGGUGGAGAAGCAUGCAGGUCUAGAUCUGGGAGCACACACGCAGCAUUGGGGUUCUAAUCCAAAUAUGUGGAUGUUCUGCCAGGCAUGUGGUCAUUCAGGGCACGUCCACUGUCUAAUGGAGUGGUUCAGUCAGCCUUUCAGUGACGGGAGAUGUCCGACGUCAGGCUGCGGUUGCGAUUGUGGUCCAGGGCUGACACGAGAACAGCGCAUGCAGCAGCAAGUCAGACGAGAGGAUGAAGCCAAACUGAUUCGGGGGCCGAAUCCUGCGAACGGUACGGGCGGCUCGACCAAGCGAGAUCUCUUGAGAGCGACACCCAGCCCUGCGGUCGACAAGGCUCGAGUGGCACUCCGCAACAGUCUCACUGGGGAGCGAGCAACUCAAAGUGGUGACGAACGAACUCUGCCUGGCAGAAGAGGCAGUAGCCGUGGGCGGACAUCAGGAUUCAGCAAUUCAAAGAAGAGCGUUCGACUGAUCACACCAGGAGAAGAAAGCGGACGAUCAUCCUCACGCACUCCAAAUCGGUAG